AGAAAGUUAGUUCGACAAAUAAACUAAAGACAGACGGACCGUCCAGUUCGCCAAAAUUCAUUCUUUACAGUUCGUCAAAACGGAAUACUCGUACAUGUUGUAAACCGCGGUGCACCAGACGCGAUUAAUAUUCGGGGGUAAAAUUCAAUCCGUUCGCUGUUUCUGCAGCAGUGUAGAAAAUAAGGUGGAAUUUUCUAUGGCUCGAGAAGGUGAAAGUUUCAAAUAAAUAGAAAAAAUGACGGACGACAUUCGACUGGCGACUGCGGAUAAAGGCGAAGCGAAAAAUGCGGUAGGCGAAAGGGGAGCUGCGGUGAAAAAAACCUCGUCUACCGGAAUUACCGAGGAUUUCUCGCGUGUGAAAAAAAUGGAGAAAUCCGUUAGAAAAUAUGAGAUCCUUCGACAAAUACUAACAGCGAUCGGCCCGAUAAUGGCGACUAUUGCCGUGGGAGGAACUUUUGGCUACAGCGCGGUGCUUCUUCCGCAAUUAAAAUCGGAAUCUAAUUCGACGACCGCGUCGGGGGCGGUGGACGACGAAAAAUUUAACGCGAGUGCGAUCGCUGCCGCCGCUAUGAAAAUUUGGACGAAAAAUCUCGACGGGAACAACGAUACGAAUUUACUGAACGUAAAAACGGUCGGAGAAGAAUCCUGGAUCGCGGCCUCGGCGACCCUCUUGAUGGCACCGGGUUGUUGGUUAUCCGGAAUUCUGAUGGAACGAUUCGGUAGGAAAAAAAGUCAGCUAGCGAUCGGACCGCUGUUCCUGUCCGCCUGGAUCACCGUCGGGUUUUCGAAUAAUAUUUUCAUGCUGAUAACCGGGCGUCUGUUGUCGGGACUCUGCAUCGGACUUCAGGGACCCCUGGGCCCGGUUUACGUUGCGGAAACGAGCGAGCCGCGCCUGCGCGGUUUACUGUUAGCGGGCAUAAGCCUGGCCAUCGCUGUUGGGAUAUUGAUCUCCCACGUCCUGGGGACAUGGCUCGACUGGCGCGUCGCCGCCCACCUUCUCGGAUUAUUCCCGAUAAUUUCAAUGCUGACUUGCUUCUUCUCGCCGGAAAGUCCGGCCUGGCUUCUCAGAAAUAAUCGCGAUAACGAGGCGAGGAGCACGUGGAUUUACCUGCGCGGCAACGACGCCGACCGGGAGUUCGUCUCCUUGGGCAUCGACAACCCCUCCGACGCCCCCCGGGAGUCGAUCGGUUCCAUCUGGAAGUCCCGCAGUUUUUGGAAACCGCUCGUCGUAUUGAACGUAUUUUUUCUAACGGCCCAAUUCUCGGGGGUCAACACGAUCACUUUUUACUGCGUGCAGCUGAUAGCGAGAGUCUCCGGACCCGGUGGCGAAGAUAUCGCCCAUCGGGUCACUUUGAUUUUGGACAUCGUCAGGGUGAUCGCUAGCGUUCUGGCGUGUUGGCUGACGCGGCGAUACCCGCGAAGGUUAUUGGCGGUGAUGUCGGGCGCCGGUGCGGCGCUGAGUCUCCUCUUUUUGAGCCUCGGACUCUUUGUGGAAUUCGGGAGGCAGUGGCUACCCGCGAUUUUGCUAUUCUCUUACACUUCCGCGGUUUCCAUCGGGCUGGUACCGCUGCCUUGGCUGCUGUGCGGCGAAAUAUUCCCAGCUAGGGCCAGGGGACUCGGGUCCGGACUGAGUUCGGGUUUCGCGUUUCUCUGUUUUUUUAUCGUCGUCAAAACCGGACCGGAAAUGAUUAAAGUCUUGGGCGCCGAAGGGACUUUUCUGAUUUACGGAAUUAUCACCGCCGCCGGUACGGUUUUCCUCAUCUUUUUUCUACCGGAAACUAAAGAUAAAACUCUCAAGGAGAUAGAGGAGAACUUCGAAAGAAAAUUCAACGAAAAUUCUAAACCCCGUGUCAACGAAGGCUAUGACGGCCCGCAAAGCGACACCGACGUAUGAAACGAUUUGUAGCGUAUAAUUUUUAAAUUAAUCGUUAUCCUAUUGAUUAAAAGUUUUUUUUUAUAAAGAAUAAACUUAUAUUGAAUAAAAUUACCUUACUAA